AUGCCACGAAGUUUCAGAAUCCCAGUUCAUCAGAUUUAUCACUUGCUUUUGCUCAGUUGCUCUGGCGAUGAUUUCAAGAGAGAGGCUCAUGGAUUUUUCAGAAACUCAAGGUUUUGUGUGCACAAAACUUCUUUUACACCCAGUUCAGUGUUUAAGCUUAUUCUUGUUAAUGGCACAUCAGUGUACUUUGAGCCCCUUGUAAAAAGUAAGCAGAAACAACUUCCUUUCCUGUCCUCUGAGGUUUCCCGAGUUGAUGCUAUAAGAUCCUCAAAAAGAAGUGAAUUGGCCUGUCAAGUUUCCAAUUCAAGCAAGAAAUUGGGAUCUUUAAGGAAAAUGAAAACUAUGGCCUGUGAUUCAACUCAGGCACUCUUGAGGGUGUUCAUGUAUGAGUUGCCUCCUGAAUUUCACUUUGGGCUUUUGGGUUGGAAGGGAAAGGAGAAUCAAACAUGGCCAAAUGUCAGUAUCCCAAGUCGCAUCCCACCUUACCCAGGUGGCCUGAAUUUACAGCACAGUAUCGAAUACUGGCUCACCCUUGAUCUUCUGUCCUCAAAUAUCCCAACUGUGGUCAGACCUUGCACGGUAGUUAGGGUGCACAAUUCAAGCGAAGCAGAUGUUAUUUUUGUGCCAUUCUUCUCAUCUUUGAGUUACAACAGGCAUUCUAAGCUCCAUGGAAAGGAGAAAGUCAGUGUCAACAAGAUGUUGCAGAACAAAUUGGUGCAGUUUUUGAAAGGUCGGGAUGAAUGGAAAAGAAAGGGUGGGAAGGAUCAUUUGAUAGUUGCUCACCAUCCGAAUAGCAUGUUGGAUGCAAGAAGGAAAUUGGGCUCUGCCAUGUUUGUGCUUGCAGAUUUUGGAAGAUACCCAGCUGAAAUAGCAAAUCUUGAGAAGGAUGUAAUUGCUCCUUACAGACAUGUGGUGAUGACUGUUGACAGCAGCAAAUCAGCCUCAUUUGAGGAACGUCCUAUACUAUUAUAUUUCCGAGGAGCCAUAUACAGAAAAGAUGGAGGAGUAAUUCGCCAGGAAUUGUAUUAUAUUCUCAAAGAUGAGAAAGAUGUACACUUCACUUUUGGUAGUGUUCAAGGAAAUGGUAUUAACAAGGCAAGCCAAGGAAUGGCCUCAUCAAAAUUUUGCCUCAAUAUUGCUGGUGAUACCCCUUCCUCAAAUCGCCUAUUUGAUGCUAUUGCUAGUCAUUGUGUCCCUGUGAUUAUUAGUGAUGAGAUUGAGCUACCAUUUGAAGAGGUCUUAGACUACUCAGAGUUUUGCAUAUUUGUUCACGCGUCUGAUGCUGUUAAGAAGGGUUACCUACUGAAUCUUCUUCAAGGAAUCAAGCAAGACAAGUGGACCAAAAUGUGGGAAAGGUUGAAGGAAAUUGUACAUCAAUUCGAAUAUCAGUAUCCAUCCCAGCCUGGUGAUGCCGUUGAUAUGAUUUGGCAAGCAGUUUCUCAUAAAAUAUCCUCUAUACAAUUUAAAUUUCACAGAAAGAAGAGAUAUGACAGGUCAACUUCUGGUAUAAUAACGAAAUAA